ACCGUUGCUUGGGUCGAACGGUUUAGCAGUUCGAUUGCAGCGGUUCUCUGACCUUUUCAACAGGUUUUUGUGUUUUAGCGGUUUACAGUAUAACCGGAACCGGGGCCUGAAUUAUUACUGGUUUUUCCGGUCCGACCGUCCGCUCCGGCUCCGUUUUGGUUCGGACCCUUCAACUAAGAACAGGAGCUGUGGAGCUGUGGGAGCAUCGUGUGGACGGUUGCCGUUGCACUGUCAUGGUCCGUCACUGCGACGACAGGAACGAAGGAACGAACGAACGAACGACUCAACAAAUGAACGAAAUGAGCGGGAAUUCUAUUCAGGGAAAGAUGAAAACAUUAGUGGAGGCUUUACUGGUAUUUUCGCUUCUUGGGGCUCAAGUUGCACUUGGGUCAACCUCGCUAUCCACUUCCCCUGCAUUUCUCUGGUUUCCACACCAUUAUGACUCUUACUAUGGUAUCAAGGAAGCCAUUAAUUAUCGGACCAUAUCUCCAAAGGAUUUAGCUAAAUCUGUUCUAUCUGAUGGCAGCUGGUCGAACUUGCUGUGCCUGGGAAAGAAUCUUCAGCAGCCUGUUGAUAUUGCCCUUGUUUUUAUUGGUAAAGAGUUGCAAUCUUCAGAUAUUUCCAGAAACAAAAUUGCAGACUCUGCUCUUUUAGACCUGCUGAAGGUGUCAUUCACAAGGUCCAAUUUUUCCAUGGCAUUCCCAUAUAUUGUAGCAUCAGAGGAGGAAGAGCCAAUGGAAAAAUCUCUUAUCUCAGGGUUUACAGAAAGUUGUGGGAAUGACCUACGAGUCAGUGACAUUACCUUCCUGGGGUCAUGUUCUGUAGAUGGUGGUGAUUUUAAGAAAGUUGCAGAUCUUCCCUCACUUAAUGAUUAUGUGGCUUUCAGAAUGAAAAAUAGGCCAGAGGGGGAAACUGAUAUGAUUUUUUUCUGUAAUGGAGGCUCCCAGUCCUUGGAGAAUCUUGACCAUAUCCCUUCAGAAGGAGAAAUUUUCUCUGAGCUUAUCAGUUCCGUUGAGCAGUCUGGUGCAAAGUAUACAGUUCUUUAUGCUUCAGAUCCAUACAGAUCAAUUAGAUAUCCAUCUUACAAGGUAUUGGAAAGAUUUCUUGCAGAAGGUGCUGGAGGAAACGGUUCAGCUAACUCAACUGCUUGUGAUGGAGUUUGCCAGACUAUAUCCUCACUUAUAGAGGGUGUUCUAGUUGGGAUUGUGUUGCUUAUAAUCUUAAUAUCAGGACUUUGCUGUAUGAUGGGUAUUGACACUCCCACAAGGUUCGAGGCUCCACCAGAAUCUUGAUGCGUGGUUUAGGAGAUAAUCCCUUGCGAUCUUUGUGCCUAUUCUUUCUUCCCAGGCACGAGUGAGAUAACAGUGGCAUUUACAUAGUUUAUAUCUAUCGGGCGCAGUAAACAUACAUUAUUUUUUUCGUUAAAAGGCUUGUUCAUGUUUCUACUUGGUUUACCAUCAACCCCAAUGAGAAGGGGCUAUUUCAUCAUAACAGAAAGUGUUAUUUGCUUGAAUAGGAUGUGGAAUAAUAAAUCUAACAUGUUGCAUUGAAUGCUUGCUUCGGUCUAUUCCUUAAAAAAAAGAGUAUUAGUUGCUUCA